AUGGCUUCUCAGGUCAUUUAUGUAUUCAAUGAAGUUGCCUUCAAACAUUAUCCUCCACAAGUCAUGGGCUUUGACCUCCCAGUGAUGCUGACCAAAUUCUACCAGAACGUUUUGGCUUUGGCCUUUGCUGUAAAUACGAUCAACAAAUCUCCAACCAUUCUGCCAAAUGUCACGCUGGGCUUCCAUAUCUAUGACACUUACUACGAUGACAGGAUGACCUAUUAUAAUCUUCUCAAUUUGCUCUUCAAAGUACACAGUUUUGUUCCCAACUAUGAAUGUGGAGCCCCAAAGAACCUAAUUGCUGUAAUUGGAGGGCUUGGAUCUGACACCUCUUUUCACAUGGCAGAUCUUUUAGGACUCUACAAGAUUCCGCAGGAGUUCCAGAUGUAUCUUCAGAAGAAAAACCCCUACCAGCCAGAAGGAGAUGGUUUUGUCCAGUUGUUCUGGGAACAGGUUUUUGAAUGUUCAUUUCUGAAUUCUGAGGAGCCAUUGGAGCAGGAUGAACUAUGUACUGGCAAGGAGAGCCUGGAGAAGCCUCCUCGGUCUGUUUUUGAAGUAUGUCCUAUUUCUGUGUGCAGUGAUUCAUGCCAGCCAGGGUUUCAGAAACAAAAGAAGGAAGGGGAGAAAUUUUGUUGCUAUGAUUGUUUUCCAUGUCCAGAAGGAAAGAUCUCCAACAAGACAGACAUGGAUGAAUGUAUCCAGUGCCUAGAUGAUCAGUAUCGAAGCAAGAGCAAUGACAGCUGCUUCCCCAAAAUAAUAACCUUUCUUUCCUAUGAAGAACCAUUAGGAAUGAGUUUAGUCUCAAUUGUUGUUUGUUUUUCACUGGUCACAGCCUUGGUGUUUGCUACUUUUAUUAUGCACAGAGAUACCACCAUAGUCAAAGCCAAUAACCGAGAACUCACCUAUGCCCUUCUUUCCUCCCUCCUGCUCUGCUUCCUCUGUUCUUUCCUAUUCCUUGGAUGGCCCACCAAGAUCACCUGCUUCAUCCGGCAUGUUGCUUUUGGCAUCAUCUUCACUGUGGCAGUUUCUUGUGUGUUGGCCAAAACCAUCAUUGUGGUUCUUGCUUUCAUGGCCACCAAACCAGGAUCCAAUAUGAGGAGGUGGAUGGGGAAAAGGCUGGCCAACUCUAUUGUCUUUUCCUGCUCUCUCAUUCAAGUUAGCAUUUGUUCCACAUGGCUUGCCAUUGCUCCUCCAUACCCCAGGUUGGACAAGAAAUCCCUGAUGAUGGAGAUAAUAGCAGAAUGCCAUGAAGGAUCUGCCUUCAUGUUUUACUUGGUCUUGGGCUACAUGGGACUUCUCUCAAUCAUCAGCUUCAUAGUGGCUUUCCUAGCUAGAAAAUUGCCAGAUACUUUCAAUGAAGCCAAGUUCAUCACUUUCAGCAUGCUCAUGUUUUGCAGUGUCUGGUUGACUUUUAUCCCAACUUAUUUGAGUGCCAAAGGCAAAUACAUGGUAGCUGUGGAGAUCUUCUCCAUUUUAGCCUCUGGGGCUGCCCUGCUCAUCUGCAUCUUUUCUCCAAAGUGUUAUAUUAUUCUGUUGAGACCUGAGCUGAAUAAUAAGGAAGUAUUAGCAAGGACAAAGAAUAAACCAAUAUAA